AUGGAAGACUUAAAAUAUCAAACGGCUAAAAGGCAAAUGUCAAAAUCUAAACAAUUUUUAACACACUAUCGAUUGUUAAUGUGGAAAAAUUAUCUGUUGCGUAAACGACGACCGGGUUUUCUUUUCGCUGAAAUCUUUGUCCCAUUUAUUAUCCCAGUCAUUCUUGCAGUAAUACGAACUGAAUCACCACCAAAACCGGAGGAUGUAUGUCAUGUACGCUCUACAAAUCUGCCUACAAUGGGAUUAUUCAGUUAUCUACAAUCUGUUGUAUGCAAUUUUCUCUUUCGAUGUCAUUCUACAGAUCCUGAUACAAUCUAUGAACAGUUUAAUUACAGUGGUUUUGGCAAUUUACUAGAAAAUAUCUCUACUGUAUUUGAGGAUUAUUAUUUCAUGAAAAAUAUAACAGAAGGCCUGUCAAAUUUCAGUAUGAAUAAAUUUGUACAAAUAAUUAAGAAUUCUGAUGACCGAAUAUUUGAGAAAAUCGCAAUUCUUACAUCCAACAUUCAACAACUCUAUCAAAAGGCUUACAGUGGAUUUUAUGCACAGAAUGAAUCUACAACUCAAAAUACUACUAGUGACUUUGAUGAUUUAAGUAAUAGAACGAUUGAUUUAGGUCCAUUGAGUAUAACAGCAAAACAAAUACAAUGGUUAUUGAAUACAUCUCAAUUCAUUUGUGGAACAAAAACACCUGAAUCAAAUGAUAUUGGAAAACUUAUGGAAUUUUUAAAAGACGCCAAUUUUUCGAAUAUUAUAGAACUUGGCGAAAAAUUAAAGCGUAUUCGUCGUGAGGCACCGGUUUUAAAUUCACCCAAUGUAAAUCAAUUUGACACGAAUUUCUACAGAGUCAACUGUUCUACAAUUGACAGUAUAUUGCGUAAUCCUUUUUUAUCACGUUAUACUGGACGGAUAAGAUUCAUUCUCUACGGUUACAUAUUCUAUCAUCCAGUCAAUGAAUGGACAAAUGAAAUCAUAUAUAGGGCACUUGAACCACAACGUCUUUUAAUUUUACUAAAGAAUACACUGAAACAAUAUGAAACGCAUACUGCACCAAUGCUAAUCCAAUUACUGACCAAUACAUCCUAUACAUAUCAGCUUAGAACUAUGUUAAAGGAGUGUAGUACAAAUUCUGGAAAUGCUAUACCUGCAAAUAUCAAAACUUUAUGCCUUAAAGCUUGGUCAUGGUUAGACCCGGAAAUCCCCAAUCAAUCUAAUCCAAGUGGAUAUUUUUCUCACUGGUCAAUCAUAUUUAAUCAAAUCAGUGUUAUUUUUAAUAUUAUUGCACAAUUAUUAGACUGUUUCCCAUUGAAUGCUCAUACUUAUGGGGUUAGCAGCCGAUCAGAUUUCGAUAACUAUAUGGGAUACUUUAAAUCACGUGUUCAUCCAGUUGUACAGGGGAUUUUAUUCAACAACACUGGAUCCGAUUCGUCUUCUCCAACAUCGUUUAGUAUAACACCGAAUUCAUCAACAAUAGUUACAAUUCGACAAAGUCCACUGCUGACAGAUGAAACAAGUGAUUUUAAAGUUUUAGAUCAUACAUGGAGUCCAAAACCACGUAAUGAUGUCGACGGUGGAGAUACAAAGUAUUUCACUAGUGGAUUCUUAGAUAUACAAGAUUUAAUUAGUAAUGCAAUUAUUGAAUUAUCGAAUAAUUUACCGGAAAGAAUGGAACGCGCCUUCACUGAAUACGAUUUAUCCUCCGCCUCCUCCGCCUCGGCUUCCUCAUCUUCUCAAUCUCCAGCAUAUUUGCUAACACCUGGGAAACAAAUGAAAUUUUUUCCAACUGCAUCGUAUUCAAAUGAUAUUUUCUUAAAUGAUAUUUCUAAACUUCUACCCCAGUUAAUACUACUCACCUGGAUAUUGACAGCCAUGUUGACAACAAAAUUUAUUGUUGAAGAAAAAGAGAAUCACACGAAAGAGUUUACAGCUAUAAUGGGUUUUACAAAUUUCAUACAUUGGUUAGCCUGGUUCUCAGGGAUAUUUUUCAUCGCAUUGCCUGUGACAAUUAUUAUUUCACUUAUUUUAAAAUAUGGAAAUAUUAUAAUUUUAAGUAAUAUUUUUAUAAUUAUCUGUUUAUUUCUCUCCUAUAUUAUUUCAAUCAUUAUGUUCUCUUUUCUAUGCUCAACAUUAUUUAAACAAGCGAAUUUAGGCGCUAUUGUCACUGGAAUGUUUUAUUUUAUUAUUUAUCUACCGACACCGUUAAUAUUAGCCAAUGAAAAGUUCAUUAGUGAGUCGGUUAUCUUCAUUGCAUCCUUGUCAAAUCAAGUCGCUUUCUGUUUAGGCUUUUAUUCAUUAACACGAUCUGAAUCACAAGGAUUCGGUUCUCAGUGGAAUGAUUUAUGGCAGCCUAAAUUUAGUGAUACAUUAUUCUCCCCAGGAAAAAGUUUUCUUAUGCUAUGGAUAGAUUCAAUUGUUUAUUUCACUAUUGCACUUUUAAUUGAAAGGAUUCAAUCAAAAAAAUAUAAUUAUAAUAAUUAUAAUAUUAAUAAUCCACGAAAAUGGUUACGUUCAGCGCUCAAGUGUCCUUGUCCCUGGAAACUAUCAAAACAAAGCCAUCGAUACAAUGAAAGUAAAAGUUCUGAUCAUGUUAAAACAAGCCCUAAAGAUGUUUCAAAUUCUAAUGCAUAUAUAGAGCUCAAUUCUGAAUGCUUACCAGUUGGCAUAUUUGUUAAAGAUUUAAGUAAAGUUUAUGCUAAAAAUGUUGAACCAGCAUUGGAUAAAUUAAGCGUAAAUUUCUAUGCAAAUCAGAUUACAUCACUACUAGGACAUAAUGGCGCGGGGAAGUCAACUUUAAUCUCCAUACUAACUGGUAUGCAUAAACCAACCAAUGGUUCAGCAAUGAUUGCUGGUUACAGUGUUCUCGAUCAGAUGAAUACUAUACGCACUAAUCUAGGCUUCUGUCCACAGCACAAUAUACUUUUCGAGUAUUUAACUGUCAUUGAACACAUUAAAUUCUAUGCCUAUCUAAAAGGUUUCAAUAGACAACAAGUAGAGCUAGAAGUAGAGUAUUUCGCCAAUCUUCUGGGCUUUACAAAUAAAUUAAAUGAUCAAGUGAAAAAGUUAUCUGGUGGUCAAAAGCGUAAAUUAUCUGUUGCUAUAGCAUUUAUUGGUGGAGCUUCUGUUAUCCUAUUGGAUGAACCAACUACAGGCGUUGAUCCAUAUUCAAGAAGAUCAAUAUGGGAUUUAAUAUUAAAGGCACGAUUGAAUAAGACUAUUAUUCUUACAACACAUCAUAUGGAUGAAGCGGAUAUACUCGGUGAUCGGAUAGCAAUUAUUUCACAAGGCAGACUUAAAUGUUAUGGAUCUAGUUUAUUCUUGAAAUCAAAUUAUGGUCAAGGUUAUUACUUAAUCUUAGAGCGUGGCAGUAAUAAAUUAUCCGAUGAAAAUUCAACAGAUAGCUUUGAAACUGAAAUCCUACUGGAUGAAGAAUUUGAAAAGAUUGUAAGUUAUUUACGACAGUUUAUAGAAGAUAUAAAAUUAAUUGAUUUCAGUCAACACGAAAUUGUAUUUCAAAUUCCAAUGCAUAAUGCCUCUGAUGGUUCAUUGAGUCGAAUGUUCAAGUACUUUGAAGAUAAUAAAUCACUCAGUGAACAUAUUUCAGUCCCCGAUAAACUCCAUGAAUGUGGUAUAAUCAGCUAUGGAUUAACUGACACAUCGCUGGAGGAGAUAUUUCUUGCAAUCGCUGAUGAUCCUGCAAUGUUGUCAUCAUCAUCAUCACCAUCACCUUCAGGAUCUAUUGCUAAUCUUUACGAUGACAUUGGAACAACACCGAGAGAGACAAAUUAUAAUGACAAUGAAUCGAAUAAAAAUGUAAAAAACUGCGCUGAAUUGAAUCAGCCAAUAAAGCAUGAUUAUUUUGUUCGACGUAAAUCACAAAUGAAUAUUCUACGACGAAGUCAUCGUUUAUUACACUUUACUGAUGGUGGCCAGCUUCCCACACCACCGACCUCGUUAAGUCUACUUCAUCGGAAACAUUACUACAGGACAGUUAACCUGCCAUCAUCAUCGUCAACACCGUCAGCCGCAGCAGCAGGAGCCGUAACAGCAGCAUCCGAAGAAGAAACAAAUACAAACUCACAUGAUUUCAUUCAAAAUGUAACUACCAGUAUCGAGUUGAAUCAACCAAAUAUUAGACAACAGAUUAAAUCAAUGUUUAUCAAACGUUUUCAUCAUAGUAAACGUUCAAAACGCAGCCUGUUCAUUGAAUUCCUCCUACCCGUAUGUGUUCUAAUCUUAGCUUUGGCUUCCUCACAAUUAUUCAAGAAAUUUAAAGCCUAUCAACCACUGGUUUUAAGUCCAUGGCUUAUGUCUAAGGGAAGUAAUCCACCGCAAACAUUGUAUACAUUUUAUGAAAAUAAUUUAUAUGAAUUAAAUACACCCACUGAAAGCUUAAUAAAUUCAACAGAAACACUUAAAUCUAUUUUAGGCAUAUCAUGGAAUUAUGAAAAUGCUUUAAAACAACCCUAUGGAUGGACUGGGAUAGGCUGUCUACCGCAGUCUACAUUAAAUGAUAUGCGUAAGCAUUAUACUCUGUUUGGUCAAUGUGAUAAAUCCAAUAUUAGAAUGAUUAAAAAAGAAUUAUCACCGACUGAAAUAAAUAUGACAAGAUUUAAACAGUCCAGGGACUGUUUAGGCGAGUCCAAAUGUCCGCUAUAUGAACAACCAAGUUCCAGUGUACUGUCUACAACAGAUAUUUUAUUGAAUUUAACUUCCUUUAAUAUAUCGAAUUACCUAUUGAAAACACAAAAUGAAUAUAUACGAAGAAGAUAUGGUGGUUUAAGCUAUCAUAUGCAUAAUUAUCCAACAUCUUUGAAACAUUUAAACUAUCUUCUUCAUCCAGAGAACUCCCUGAUAUUAUUUUUAAAUAAUUUAACUGGUUUUUAUAAUUUUAAUAAUAAUACACUUAUAAAACCAGAUAGUUUUUGGUCAGAUUUUACACAAUUUUUACGCCUAUCUCUACCGCCUGCAUCCUAUUUUCGUAUAUGGUUUAAUAAUAAAGGCUAUGCCUCAUCUCCAGCCUAUUUAAAUGCCUUGCAUAAUUUACAGUUCCGUAUGCUGAUUAACAAUCAAACCGGUUUACAUGAACGUGAUCAUUCACACGGUAUUAUAUUUAUUAAUUAUCCGCUAACAUUACCAAAAGGACAUGCUGGUAAAGGUCUUCCAAAAGAAUUACUUUUUGACUUAACGUUGUCAAUUUUUACUCUGUUGAGUUUAUCAUUUAUACCGGCAAGUUUUAUAACAUUUUUAGUCAGAGAGAAGUCGACUGGAUCAAAACACCUUCAAUAUGUAUCAGGUUUAAAUCCAUAUGUUUAUUGGUUAUCUGUUUAUCUUUGGGAUAUUCUGAAUUAUGCUUUAUGCGCUUUUCUAUGCAUUCUGGUUUUUGUAGCCUUUCAAAAAUCUGCUUAUAUUGACUUCGAAGUUAUUGGUUCAUUUAUAUUAUUAAUUCUAUUGUAUGGUUUAGCUGUUACACCUAUGCUGUAUAUAACAACAUUUUUUAUUCAAUCACCGAGUACAGCACUGGUGAUAUUGUCUAUUUUUAAUCUAUUAACUGGUGCUAUCACUGUUGUCUGUACACUAAUUUUGGAUGAUUUUUCAAGAAAUAAACCUACUAUUGAAUUUAUUAGUAAUAUAUUAAAAAUUAUCUUCACGCUAUUUCCACAAUAUUGUUUAACUCGUGGAUUAUUCGACUUGGCUAGAAGAUAUUAUACUCUUGAAAUUAUACAAAGUAUAACAUUUGGUGGAUUGCCAAAAUCAUCACAGAUUGCUUCAACAUUUGCUACAAAUCCGUAUGAUUGGAAUGUACUUGGCAGUAAAAUAUGCGCAUUGCCAAUUGAGGCGUGUGUAUUCUUCUCACUGGUAUUAUUUCGUGAAAGACACUUUUUUAUACAAUCAAUAAAAGAUUAUUUUCAUACACAUUAUCCUAAAUUAUUACAAGUGCAUAAUAUGAAAUUCAUUCGGAAACUUAGUCGAAUGAAAUCAUUGAAAAGUAUUCAUAGUGCUGAGAAUGAUUCAGAAGAUGAAGAUGUUAAAGCUGAACGACUUCGUGUUGAAAAAGCGUAUAAAUCUGGUCAAAUAAAUUCAUUAUAUUCAGUGGCAAUAAUAAACUUAACAAAAUUCUUCCCACUCAAAAACAAACCAUCCGUUAACUCGCUUACAUUUGCAGUUCGUCCGGCAGAAUGUUUUGGUUUGUUAGGUGUGAAUGGAGCUGGAAAAACAACAACCUUCAAAAUGAUAACAGGUGAUUUACAUCCUUCUAUGGGAAGUGUAAUUGUCAAUGGUUUCAAUGUCGUUACUCAGACUAAAAAUGCUCAUAAAAGUCUUGGUUACUGUCCUCAAUUUGAUGCUGUCCACGAAUUACUGACAGGCAGAGAAACACUAAGUUUAUAUGCACGAUUACGUGGUUUCCCUGAGAAAGAAAUACCCAUAGCUGUAACAAAAAUGUUACAAAAUAUGGGUUUAUCACCGUAUGCUGAUCGUAUUGCUUCAGCGUAUUCCGGUGGGAAUCGACGUAAAUUAUCCACAGCAAUUGCAAUUAUCGGCAAACCUCAAGUUAUUCUAUUAGAUGAACCAACUAGUGGUAUGGAUCCAGUUGGACGACGUUUUAUGUGGGAUCAAAUUAUUGCACUUGUUAAAGACGGUCGAUCUGUUAUACUUACAUCGCAUAGUAUGGAAGAAUGUGAAGCGUUAUGUCAACGUAUUGGAAUUAUGAUAAAUGGCCAGUUGAAAUGUUUCGGUAGUAUACAACAUUUAAAAAAUCGUUUUGGUAAUGGUUAUACAGUUGAAAUACGCAUAAAUCCCCUGACCAGUGAUGAUGCUAUUAACAAAUUGAAAAUAGACUUUCAACGCAAAUUUCCUACUUCAACUAUCAAUGAAAUACAAACACGUUAUUAUGAAUAUCAAAUGGGUAAAGAUGUCCGCUUGUCAGAGUUAUUAACAUUUUUAAAAGAUAUGCAGCAUGACAGUAUCAUUGAACACUAUUCAGUGAAACAGACAACACUAGAUCAAGUGUUUGUUAAUUUUUCACGGGAUCAAAUUCAAACAACAGAAAGAGUUGAUCAGAUGUAGUGAUGAUUGAUAGAUAGAUGAUAGAUAAUGUGAUCAGUGAUCGCAUUUACUUUUUAAUAUUUUGAUGAUGAUGCAAAGAUCAUGAGGUA